AUGACUGUGGACGGCGAAGAAAAUCCCAGGGACCGUGUGUUCAUGGACAUUGCUAUCGGAGGACUCCCAUCGGGUCGUAUUGUGUUCGAGUUGUUCAAUGAUGUGGCACCAAAGACGUGCGAAAAUUUCCGGGCCUUAUGCGCUGGUGACAAAGGAGUUGGAAAAAAUACUGGAAAACCAUUAACAUAUAAGGGCAUGGUAUUUCACCGUGUAGUGAAGGAUUUUAUGAUCCAAGGAGGAGAUUUCAGCAAUGCCAAUGGAACCGGAGGUGAAUCAAUUUAUGGUGGUACAUUUGAAGAUGAAACAUUUGAACUGAAGCAUGAACGACCUUUCCUACUUUCUAUGGCAAAUCGGGGAAAGGAUACAAACGGGUCACAGUUCUUUAUAACAACACAGCCGGCGCCGCAUCUCGACAAUGUGCACGUAGUAUUCGGCCAGGUAGUGAACGGGGCGACGCUGGUGCGGCAGUUGGAAGCGCUUCCCGUGGAUCGCAACGCGAGACCUCUUCAGGACAUCAUCGUUACUAAUUGUGGACAGCUUGUGAAACUUAAGGCUGGCAAAAAACGUAAACAGGAUAAGGAAAAAGAAAAGGAAAAGGAUGAGAGUGAUGCCGAGUCUGAGAAGUCUCACAAGAAGGAAAAGAAAAAGAAGAAAGACAAGAAGAAGAAACGACAUCAAUCUGAGCAGUCUGAAGGUGAGCAAACUUCAGAGCCAUCUCAUCCGCUGGUCAGCACCACCAAAAUUGAUCCAAAGGAGAUCCCAGAUGUGCCCACCAAUAGAUUCCUCAUGAGAGCAACAAGGGAUGAGAAGGAAAAAGACACGAGGAGAGAUAGGGAGAGGCCGCGUUACAGAGAGCGCGAACGUCACGCGUACACGCGCAGCGGACGCAUCGUUAAGGGGCGUGGUGUGUUUCGAUACCGCACGCCGUCUCGCUCUCGCUCGCGAUCUCGUUCGGUGACGCCGCCGCAUUGGAGGCAGGCGCAACGGAGGAUCGUCAAACUCGCUGAUUUCGAGCGUAAUGAACAUGAACGGGUUCAGGAGAAUUUGAAGAAGCCGGUAGUCAAACAGUCGCAGAGGGUAACUAAUACACCGCCUAGACAAGGAGAGAAGGAGGAAGGAGAGUGUGAUACGACGUUGGAGCAAUCUCGGGAUGGAAAAGUUGACUACAACGCACUGGAUUUCGAAGAAGAUGUGGACCAGGAUGAGGAAGGCGAAAUCCCAUCUAAACGUAUGGAGCAGAAACGCCUUGCGGAUAACCGGGCCGAUAUACUGGCUAGGGCUCUUGGAGUCAACCCCAAACAUGAUCAGCUCAGGGACAUGAAAGACACACGUGACUUCCGUCGUCGCGAAGGUAUAUCAUCUGCUGUAGUUCAAGCAGCGCCCAAGCUCUCGUCAGCUGUGGCUCCCAUGGGGUCUGAGAGCCAGAAUAAGGGUGAAUACGACCCUUUCACGCUGCUAAGGAGCACGUUUUCAAGGAACAAAGAACAAGUGGCAAAAAAAGAGGUAGUGGAAAUCCGACGUGAAGUACCUAAAGAUAAAGAGAGAGAGAAAUAUCGCAACGAGAGAAACGAUCAACCUGAUCUUAGAGAAAGUCUAAGAAAGCGUGAGAACCGAGAUGACAGAAAUGAUAAAGAGGAUUUAAGUAAAGAUGACAGACACAAGCGAACCGACAAAUACAAGGUCAACGAAGACAAAAAUGAAAGAUACCGAGCUAAAACUAAAUCACCCGAACUUAGUCCUAGAACUUUGGACCGAUUUGAGAAAAAUAAAAGGGAUGAGAAGUCACACGAUCGAGAACCUAAACGCCAACGCGAUAUGGAGAGACGGUCUCAGGAUAAUACACCAGAUAGACCCAAAUCUCGUGAAUCUAAAGAUAGAAAGCGUGAUAAAUCUAAAGACAGAUCUAAAGAGAGACGUGAUAGGUCACGAGAUAAAUAUGAUAGGUCUAAAGAAAGACGGGAUCGCUCUAAAGAUAGACGUGGAUCCAAGGAAAGACGCGACCGGUCCAAAGACAGACGUGAUAAAUCCAAAGAUAGACGCGAUAAAUCUAAGGAUAGAUCGAAACGUAAUAGAUCAGAGAGAGAUUCGAAGGACAAAGAGCUGCAGAUUAAUGAGUUUGAUAUUGAGGGAAGAUCUAAAGAGAAAAUUAAGUCUGGGAAAGUGGACCCUGGGUACAGACAACAUCCAGAUACUUUUGACAUAGAGGGGAGAAAAACAAAAUCACCGCAACGCGAGCGCAAGGUUUCUUCAUCUGAUGGAAAAGAGAAAGAUGAGCAAGAGAAGAAAAAGGAAGAGGAAAGAAAUGAAGCUCGGAAAGAAUUGAUGGAGAUUGUUCGUUUGAUCAAGUCUAGACAACGCGAUCGUGAGAAUAAAGCUGCUGAAGCGAAAAAGAAGAAACGUGAUUCCAGUUCAUCGUCGUCUGAAGACGAGCGUUCGAAGCGACGUCGCACUCCAGACCGAGACAGAAGACGGAGUCGCAGUAGGUCUCGCCGCAGCACCUCUCGUUCCCGUCGCCGCUCGCUUUCGCCUCGGCGCAGGCGCAGACGCUCUUCAGACUAA